UUACAACAUCAAUGGGAGGAAAAUCCUACGUCAUAAGUCUGUUUGACACAGCGGGACAGGAGGAAUACAUUCAUCUGCGAGCUCUCUCUUACGUAAACAGUGACGUGUUUCUCCUGUGCUACUCAGUAGCCACCCCAGAAUCUCUCAGACACGCCCAGGAUAAGUGGAUCCCGGAGAUCCGGAAGCACUCUCCCAACACUCCCAUCAUCCUCGUUGGCACCCAGAUCGACCUCAGAGACGAGGCGGCUCCACCCAGCAGGAAAACGUCCACCGCGUCACGUGACCAGCACAAGAGCACCAAGGGACAGCCGGUGUUCAUCAGCACGAAGGAAGGCGUCUACGUCGCGUCAAAGCUCGGCUUGGAUUCCUACGUUGAGUGCUCGUCCUUGACAGAGGCGGGCAUUUCAAGACUCCGGGAGGCCGCCAUUGAGAGCGGACUUCGUCGCGUUGAUCCUGAAGACACAGGCUGCCACUGCGCAUGUUCUAUAAUGUAAAUGAAAGGACACUUAUCACAAAGAAAAACAAAAGCUGAAAAGGCUUCAAAAUAAGGUCUCAGCUCGUCGUGAUCGCCAUUGCCAAAUCAACUCUUCUGUUGUGGUCACGACUUGACUUGAGAGCAGAGAAAUCCUUCGAGUAAUCGGUUUGGUUUCGGCGAAGACGUGCACGGUCACUCAGAUAAAUCGCCAACAGAAAGCUAAUCUGUUAAAGAUGGUAUCCAUAUCCAGCGACUGUUCAAUGUCUGAAGUGUCGAACAGCACCCCCCUGUGUUGACUUAACAAAGCUCAUGUGGGGAGAAUGCUUUUGCCCAAAAAGUACAAAGCAGUAAGAACAAAAAGCACAAAUCAGUAAGAAUAACUGGCUGCCGUAAAACGAAUGUUUUUGUCCUUUCAAUUUGAACCUUAGUGGUGACGCGUUAUCGCUGUUUCUACAUGGAACAGUUAUUUAUUAUUCUUAAUGCCAAGCUUCCAAGUAAAGCUAUCGGAAAAUGGUACCCAAUGGACCGCUCAAUGACAAUCAUGUUCUAUCAUGUAUCUUUAAACGUACUGGCGUACUAAUAUCUUGUACAUGCAUUCAUUUUUUCCAUCUUGCUUAAUCAUUUCGUUCUCAGUCACCCCUUUUCGUUAUGGAAAAGUAUGCCGCGAGAAAAAAAAUCAAUAAGAAAUUCAAGACCGUUUCUUUAAAAAAGAGAGAAAGUUGUCUGUGAGAUUCUUGACUCCUCAAAACAGUUUGAAAGUGGGAGAAUCAUGAUGAGGUCAAUGUUGGAAUGUUUGAUCGUAACAUGGCCUUGCAGCUACACCGAGUUCUCAGGCAUCUCUAUAUACAAGUUUAAGGCUACAACAGAAGCAUUACAACAGUGAAGAAAAAGCUGGAGAGAGAGAGAGAGGGCAAAAUGAGAGAGAGAUAAAGAUAGAUAAGAG